AUAUCGAAAAAUUGACCAAUAAGACUGGUUUUGUUGUCCAGGGUCACAUAUAUUAUGUAAACACAAACUUUUAUUCCAGUAAGUAAUCCGGAUUUAAGGGUGUUAAUAAAUGUCUUUUAAAAUAAAACACUAUGAAAUCAAUGUUUUGAGCCUAAUUAGCCAAAAUAGGUUGCGUUAAAAUGAACAUGCAUAGAUAUGAGAACAACGUCAAAUAUUGGCAGCAUGCCGGCUCCACGUCGAUAACUUCUGACCUCAUUGGGUCUUGCAUUCUCUGGACUGUAUCGUGACAAACCACACAUAUUAUGACUAUUCACAGAAGAGAGUCAAUGAGAUUCAAAGUUGGCGGCUGAAGAAAGGAAGUCAUGUACAUCAAGAAUGGCAUGAAGAUGUAAAGGGGAGUAAAUUAUGAAAGAAUUUUUAUAUUUGUGUGAACUGUUCCUUUAAGUUGUUGGGAAAAAAGCAUCUUUCUGAAAAUUCAUAUCUGGAAAAAAUCCUAGUCCUUGAGAUUUUAAUAUACUGUUGCACAGAAAUUAAAGUUACGACUAUUUCGAAAGAAUUGUUUCCAACACCGUUGAUCCGUGAAGUCCAUCACAUUUGAGGUCUCGGGCAAGCAACAUAUUUAGUUAAAUUGCAUAAACCACUGUUCAUUUUUUCCCGUUUUGCCUAAAUUUUUCCAACUGUAUUGUUAGUCAGAUUUCAAAUAUGUAUUGCACACCCAAUCUCAGAUAAUUAUCUGUACUCAUUUUAAUGUAAGUUUGAGAGCUAACAGCAGCAGCAGGAGGCAGGUUUGAAGGUGUGUUGAUAACUGGCUCUGAUCCAGGAUCACCUAUCCUCACGGCCACACCUGAUGGAAUGCAUUAGGUUGUUCAGAGUAGCGUGCUUACUGAAGCAGUGUCGUUGAGCGUGUGAACAAAGGAGUACAACUCAAGAGAAUCGGUCAAAGCGUAGCAGUAUUCAUUGAAGUUUUAACACACCGAGGACCUGUGCUGGAAAUUGGACUGGAAGCCAAACCUAGUGCCUGGUGUUUGGGACCUCACGGGCCGGCUGUGUGUUUUGGAGCGACUUGAAGAGCUUCGUCAGAGCUGUGACCCUGGUCAAUGUCAAAACCAUGAGCCAAUAGUGAUGCACGACAGCAGCUAAAUCCACCACACAGAUGUUUCGGAAAAAAGCCUCAUCUUCGUUGAGAAUGCGGAGAAUAUCAGAAAACAAUAGUAAACGGAGUGUGGACCGCACACGAAGCUCCUCCUUCCAUGAGGUGGGCAGGUCAAAAGAGCUGGAAAUGAGGGCGGCAGCCUCAGUGUCCGAGGACACGUUGGCUAGCAGCGGAAGCGGCCACACUGUUUUACAGCGCCUCCUACAGGAGCAAAUGCGCUAUGGCGAGGGACGCAAUUACCUUGCCCUGCAACAACAACAGCAGCAGCACCAACAGCAACAAGGUCCAGUAAGUGGUUACCCGGGCCCUGGCAGUCCAGGGGACGAGCACUCAAUGGUCUCCCACAUUGCCAGGCAAGAGCCUCAGGGCCAGGAGCUGCAGGCCGACAGUGGCAUGGAAAAGCUAAACGCACGUAACGCAGGAGGUGGCGGCAGUGUGGGGGCGGGGUCAGGUGGUGGGAGCUGCGGACAAGGACCGAAUCCUGAGGACCUACCUACCUACGAGGAAGCCAAGGUGCAAUCGCAGUAUUUCCGUGGCCACCAGCCUCAGCAGCCUCAGCCACUGCUGCCCCAAUCAGUCGGUGCUGCAUUUUACGUGACUGGUGUUAGCAACCCUAAGGUGCGACCCCCGGAGGGCAGGGCCACGGUGCAGAGGGUGAGCGGGGGAAAAGUGCACCAGGACGAUGGACUCAAAGAUUUAAAGCAAGGCCACGUGCGUUCUCUUAGCGAAAGACUGAUGCAGCUUUCAUUGGCCACCAGUGGGGUCAAGGCUCAUGCGCCUAUUACCAGUUCUCCUCUUUCCCCCCAACUGCCCCCACCUGGCCUGCCAGGAGACUACUAUAAACCCUCUGGACCCCCACAUAGGGGGCCACCACCAGACUACCCGUUCAAAGCAAUGCCCUCUCCACCCAAACAACAACAGCACCAACAGCACCAUCAGCCUCCACACCAGGAGCCCGGACACUUCUACCCGGACCACCGUGGGACAAACCAACCAGCCAGAACCGACAUUCCUCAUGUCCGUUACCAGCCACCGCCUGAGUACGGCUCUUUCCGGUCAAGUAAGGAGAGUUCAAGUCACUCCCAAAGGUCUGUCCAUCACCACAGCCCCUCGUCUUCUGUGACAUCAGGAGGAUCUCUAUCCCGCGCACAGUCUUUGGCUCUCAGCAGCAUCUUGGCUUCUUCCCACCCUCCACCACCCAUGGGCCUUCAAGGUGAACCACCCUAUCCCAUGGGUGCACGAAGCCCACAUGGCCCCGGCUUGCACCAAGGCGAUCCAUACGGCCUGGGACACCCUCCCCAUCAGCGGAGCCACGGAUUUCCUCAUGAUCAUUACGGGUCGGCUCCCAGGGGGCUCCACAUGCACCAGCAUCAGUACCACCAGCAGGGUCCUCCCCAACAGCUGCAACAGAAUCCAGGACAACACUACCAUCACCCACACUCCAUGCAGGGAGAUCCCUACGCCAUGUUAGCCCGGGCCCAGCAGAUGGUGGAGAUGCUGUCCGAAGAGAACCGAUUGCUCAAGCAAGAGCUGGAAGUGUGUGGGGAGAAGGUGUCCAAACUGCAGAAGCUGGAGACUGAGAUUCUGAUGGUGUCCGAAGCUUAUGAGAACUUGGCCAAAUCGUCCUCUAAGAGAGAGGCUUUGGAGAAGACAAUGAGAAAUAAAUUGGAGUUGGAGGUGCGCAGGCUGCACGACUUCAACAGAGACCUGAGAGAGCGAAUGGAGACAGCCAACAAGCAGUUAGCCGCUAAAGAGUGCGAGGGCACCGAGGACAAUCGUAAAACCAUCUCACAGCUUCUGGCUCAGAACAAGGAGACCCAGAGAGAGAAGGAGAAGUUGGAGAUCGAGUUGAAUUCGCUUCGCUCCACAAAUGAGGACCAGCGCAGGCACAUUGAGAUCCGUGAUCAGGCUUUAAAUAAUGCGCAGGCCAAAGUGGUCAAGCUAGAGGAAGAGCUGAAGAAGAAGCAGGUGUAUGUGGAGAAGGUGGAGCGGAUGCAGCAGGCUCUAGCGCAGCUUCAGGCGGCCUGUGAGAAGCGAGAGCAGCUGGAGCAUCGCCUGCGCACCCGACUGGAGAGAGAGCUGGAAUCUCUUCGCAUGCAACAGAGGCAGGGUGGUUCUCAGAACACAGUUGGUCCUGAGUUCAGCACAGCAUCUUUGAUGGAACAUCUGAGAGAAAAGGAAGAGAGGAUUUUGGCUCUGGAGGCCGACAUGACCAAAUGGGAGCAGAAAUACUUGGAGGAGAGCGUCAUGAGACAGUUCGCACUAGACGCUGCGGCUUCUGUGGCCACACAGAGAGACACCUUCUCCAGCAUCAUCAGCCACUCCCCCAGCAGCAGCUACGACACAUCGGUGGAAGCGCGUAUACAGAAAGAAGAGGAGGAGAUCCUCAUGGCCAACCGGCGCUGUCUGGACAUGGAGAGCAGGAUUAAGAACCUGCACGCUCAGAUUAUAGAGAAGGACGCCAUGAUAAAAGUCCUGCACCAGCGUUCACGCAAAGAACCCGCCAGCAAGUUAGAUGGCCCAGCCAUGAGACCCUCCAAGUCUCUGAUGUCCAUCGCCAUGGGAACCGGCAGCUCGGGCGGCUCCGGUCUGCUGUCACACUCUCUGGGUCUCAGCGGGAGCAGCCCGAUCACAGAGGAACGCAGGGAGGACCGCAGCUGGAAGGGCAGUCUGGGUGUUCUGCUGGGUCCUGAGUUCAGAGGAGACUCACUGAGGACAGAGUCCAUCUCCUCCUCUCCAUCUCCAGUGUUUCCCUCCACCCCCUUGCCAGCCACCACACACUCAAAGACCGGCAGCAGGGACAGCUGCACUCAGACGGACAAGGGUCAGGAGACCAGCAAGCCGAGCACGCCUGCCCUGCAGAGCGUAUCCGGACCCAGCCGGAUCAGCAGCCCGAGCCCCGUCUACAUACCCGACCGCAUCGCAGAUGUGCCAGUGUUCCACAGCAGUACGUUGGAGAGGAGAGCUCCGGUACAGAACCUCCCCCCACCCCUCCUGCAGCAAAACCUCUCUCAACAGGAUGUGGACAAUGAGAUGGUAGAAAUUCUCAUCUGAUCUCAUUCAUAAACAGUCUUGAAACAGCUGAAGGAUUCUGUACGUUUCUCUCCGUUACACGUUUGGAAACGAAAAAUGAAAACUAACAGGAAACGCAUCAUCUUGGUAUUUUUCAGAAGACUUUGUACAGAUCUGCGAGCAAAAGUACACGUUAUUUACGAUAAGUUUUUUUUGUACAGUAUUGUCUGGUGAUCAUUUCCUCUCCAGACCGUUGGACCAAAUGUAUCGGUAUUUUUUUUAUUGCACUACUUUGUUUUGUUUCUUAGUUAUUUUGGGGGGGUAUGUUAUUUUGUUGUGUAUAUGUACAAAUAUUUCAAACGUGGCACUUGAGUAUUUAGCAGUAUGGUAACAGUUGGUACAUACUGCAUCAGGAUACUGUAAAACACAGCGCAGGAGAGAUGAACUCAAUGUUGUUUUAGUUUUGUAUUGACUGUGCAGGACGGGCUUGUACGGUUCACAGUGCACUGUUGAAGAGCGCUGGACCGACACGCAUUCACCUCUGGUCCAAAAGCUCUUUAAAUCGUAUGUGAAAGUGUGAAUGACCCAACUGGCAUUGGGUUUGUCUGUGUCCAUCAUUCCAGCCGAUCUACAGCCGCCACUAUGUGCAUUUCAUGAGUGGUACAGUGUUUAUCACGUGGUCCAAGGUUUAUCACGUGGUCCAAGGUUUAUAAAUCCUCAAACACUCUCGUUCAUUGCAAUGGUCACUUUUGGGAAGCACAGUUGAAGAAGACAGAAUAGCUUUAUGUCCAGUGUCGUACGUUUAGCUUUUGACCAAAGUUAUCUGAAAGCUAUCAUUAGGUUAUAAUGAUUACACAGAUGUGAAUCCCUGAAAGCACUCAUACCGUAAUUAUGUGCGUUUUCAUUUGGAAGAUAACGUUUUAAGUGUUUGCACAUCAGUAAUGUUUCUACAAGGCUCCCUGACAGAUGUUAGAACAUUCAGCAGAUUGUGUUUGUGAAUUUGCCCAUGAAAAAAGUUGUAGUGCCCACUGUAGGACACAAAAUGUAUUGCAGCUAUUCACUGAAAUUACCUGUUUAAAGUUUGUUUUUUGUUUCAGAGACAAAACAUAUGAAAGUCUUUCAAUGUAAUUUUAUUGUUCACAAAAAGGCAUUUCAACAUUGUUCCAUGAUUUUUCAUGAUAAAUGGACCAAAACUUAUUCAUUUGUAAGUCACUCAAUAUUUGUUCAGCACAACCGAUUUAACACACUGUUUGUUGGCAUAGUACUUGACAUUUUGUAAACAAUCAAUCUUUGAUCUCAGUCCGAGACAGGAAAAGAAAGUCAUUUUUACUUGCCUUCAGUCUUUGUUACAUAAAAUCUGAAAUAAACAUUUCCGGCAUUGUAAGACAACCCAUUGUCGUAUCACUCAACGGCAGUGUUUGUAGGACUACUUCAUUUAGACGCUAAAAACGUUGCAAGUUUGAAGAUCACUCGUAUAAUUUGGGCACAAACUAAGACAAGGGACCAAAGCGCUCAUUGAGUCUGAGGUGGAACAAAAUACUGAUAAACAUUCAAAGUUUUAAUUUAAUGCAGCUCAUUGAAUGCAAAUGAUCAACAUACAAUGCAAAUAUUGUACCAUAGUCCAUAUUAUAUACAAGCAACAUGUCAAAGGUUCCUUCAAAUAAAGUGAUGAGAUAUCAUUUAUCAGUUUGUUCCACCUAACCCUCAAGUUUGGUCCUGCUAUAUUUGAUACCUAAAGUCUGAAUUUCCAUAGAAGAAUGUGUUAUAGUCCAUCUCGGGACGGAUUAUGAGAAUGUGUUUUUGUACUAAAGUUUUGUAUAGCGUCUGCCCUUCUGUCAUCAGUCUUUACGUAUUAUUUUCCUCACAAGGAAUAUUUUUGUUCAUUUCACUAUUAUGUGUUUUAUUACAAAAUGUCACUCUAGUUGCUGCUUGACAAUGUUAUUACUGUACAAUCAUGAUUCAUUUUUAAUUCAAUUUGUAUUCCUGUUAAUCAGUUCUUCCUGUGUAUCUCCUGCACAUUUUGUAUAAGGCUUGACAUUUUUCAUUUGGUUUAUAGUCAAGAGUUUCAAAUAACUUUUUCUUGGUUAAUUUAAUUUUUUAAUAAACUGAUCCAGUUGCA